AUGAGUCCUAAGUAAGUACCUGGGGACCAGUUGCAGAUGAGGGCUGGCUAUAAGUCUAUGCCUCCGCACACCAUUGACAUUCUCGCUCCGAUCGCGAAACGUGUUCUGUGACUUCAAUCUUUUCACAGCUAUCUACAUGGUCAGCAGCUCAAGAGCUCAAACAUGACGACGAGUUUCCAGACUGCAUCACUUGCAAACUACAAACCCGAGGAGAACUCCCAGCUAUCCGGUCCAUAUGUCGAGAUCCCCUUUCCGGACAGACAAUGCUGGGAUGAUCCGUGGCUUUCACCUCAUGAUAUCGACCAAGAUGUCGCAUACUCCGGUGAGAAUCCCCAGUCAGAUAUGCGUGAUGGAAUCUACUAAGCGCAGCAAUCAGAACCACCAUCUCGAAGCCGACCCCAAGACGACUGGAUGAUGGUAGAUACCGCGUCAAUCGAUCCUUCUCUCACGCAGUUCUCGCACUCAACCAUGAUUGAUAGGAUCCAUGUGGGACCUGAGGGAAAUCAAUCCCUUUCAUUUGAAGACUUCAAUCUUGGCAGACAAAUUUACCAACACCCAAUGUCGCAAAGUCCGAUCUGGGAUAUAGCGUCACAACCCUUUUCCGACCCAAGCCUAAAUGUAGCCAGUUUUGCCCAAUUGCCGACGCAUGCACUUAACGGCGGAAGUCCCCUCUCCCUUGGGCUGAGCAUCGAUGCCAAUCACAACAAGACGAGCCGACCGGCUUCAAAUCCGACAUCCAACGCAACAAGAAUCGGAAACCGUAAGCGCGGAAGGUCCCAGAUAACCAGGAAUACAAUAUCAGGUCGGCAGAAGGGAGAUAACGCCGCUCUUGAUGAGUUGGGAGAUGCGAAGGAUGAAUCAGAGGAUGAUGAGGCAGAUGCGCCGCCUAGCAAGAGACUCGCUUGUCCUUUCUACAAGUUUGAUCGGGUCAGGCAUCUUCGCUGUGCUCAUUUCCAUCUAAAGCGGGUGAAGGACGUCAAGCAACAUCUUCUUCGCAAACAUCGCUUUCACUGCAACGGUUGUCACGAGGGAUUCAAGGAUGAGGAGAAUUGCAGGAGACACGCCAAUUCCCAGCAGUGCCAAGCUGGGGCCGGGUUUUCCCAGCCUACUGGAAUCGAGGAGGGUUUCUCCGAGGAUCAGGUCAAAGAGCUGUUGCAGAGGAUGAAUUCGAGGGAAGCCGAUCGUUCUUGGUACAGUAUCUGGGAGAUUCUGUUUCCUGGGCGGCCGACUCUGGCCUCGGCUUUUCUCAAGAGCGACGUUGAGGAGGUGAUUUCUACCGUGUGCGAGCUAUGGGAGAAGAAUAGGUCCAAGGUCAUGUCUUCCCUCGGCAAUGCUCCGUUCUUGGCGGGGCCGAUAACCGAUGCAGAGCUUUCGGAGCAAAUUAUAUGUUCUACGUCGGGGACGCCUGCGGAGGACAAUCUUCUGCGGCUUCUGGGCAAGCUCGCCGAAGUCAGUGUUCCCCGAGGCAAUGUUGACGGAAGAUGUGCUCCUACUGCACAAACUGGCUUUUCGGCGCCUGCCCUCGGUCAUGCUUCUAUGUUGCGUACAGAGUCAACCAAUCUUUGCGAUUCAGAGAAAUUGCAGGUUAGUGACAAGAUGACAUGUUUAGUCAAGACCGAGAGUCCAGGCAACGCAAGACCGAUUUCAAGGAGGCAAAUCGAUAGAAAGCGCAGAAGUGCAAGGAGGAAUCCGGAAACGUGAAUACGAUAUUUUCUAACCAACGAUUUAGGACUCUUGAGAUUGAGGUAAAAUGCUCUUUUCAUCGCCGCGGGGACUUACUUACUAAAUAUCUUACUAGGUGAUUGGGGGUGAGGUGCCAUCAGGUCUUCAAGGGCACUUCAUGAGAGUCACUAGAUUGAUGGAUUGAGC